CCACGCUUCGGAUCCGCGAAGAUGGAGUGGACGACCAUAGAGAGUGACCCCGGGGUCUUCACGGAGCUCAUCCAGGAGAUGGGCGUGAAGGGCGUCCAGGUUGAAGAGCUCUACAGCCUCGACGAGGGCUCGCUGAGGGCGAUGGCGCCCGUGUACGGACUCAUUUUUCUGUUCAAGUACCGCAGCGGCGAGGCGCCCAGCGCACCUGUGGAGACCGAUGCGAGCUCCAGCGGGGUCUUCUUCGCCAGCCAGGUGAUCACGAACGCGUGCGCCACGCAGGCAAUCCUCUCGAUCCUGAUGAACUGCCCGGCGUCCGUCCAGCUCGGCGAGGAGCUGGGAAACAUGAAGGCGUUCACCGCGGAGUUCGACGCCGAUCUGAAGGGUCUCGCCAUCAGUAACAGCGAGACCAUCCGCAAGGCGCACAACUCCUUCGCCCGGCCCGAGCCCAUCAUGGAGGAGCAGAGGGACCAGGCCCCAUCCGACGAUGUCUUUCACUUCAUCGCGUACAUGCCCGUCAACGGACGACUCUACGAGCUCGACGGCCUGAAGCGCGGCCCCAUCGCCCACGGCGAGUGCACCGACGACGACUGGCUCGGGAAGGUGUGCCCGGUGAUCCAAUCGCGUAUCGAACAGUACGCGAGCUCCGAAAUCCGCUUCAACCUCAUGGCGCUCAUCAAGUCCCCCAAGCAGGCGCUCGAGGAGAGACUCGCGAAGAUCGAGGCGAGGAAGGAGAGGUGCGCGAAAGUCGCGGCGGGCGCGGCGGUGGACGCUGGCAUGGAUGUCGACGGCGGCGACGACCUCGACGGCCCCUUACCCUCGGGGCAGGACGCCGUCGCGGCGGAGCUGGCGCGGCUCGAGGGCGAAGCGGCGGUUGCCAGGGAGGGCAUCGAGCGGGAGGCGCAGAAGGCGCAGCGGUGGAGGGACGAGAACAUCCGACGCAAGCACAACUACAUCCCGUUCAUAUUCAACUUUCUGAAGGUGCUCGCGGAGAAGAAGAAGCUCGAGCCGCUCAUCGCCAAGGCCAGGGGCCAGUAAUAGAGUUGAACCGUGCCCCGAGUCAAAUAUUAUCAAAUUUCACUCC